AUGAAUAUGGUCCGAAUUCGUCAUAUCAUGGAAAUGCGGCGCGCAUGUAAAGCGCCGCCUUUACUACCUCCGAAGCUUAAGAAAACUAGUUGUGAUAACACCGAUAGAAAAACUGGCACAAAAGAUAUACUGGACAUACAUCUUAGCCUUAGAAAUAUUCGCUGUGAAACUGCAACAUCCCAAACGCUGAUGUGCCUUUUCUAUGAAAGUGAAGGUGGAAGAAAUGGGCCGUGGAAAUUGAUCACUGGUACGGAUACGUUCCCAACGUGUCCUGGCAUAGAUAUCCCGGACGUCUUCUCCAUUGAGUACAUGUUCGAGCGACCACAACCAAUACGAGUAGAACUGUGUGAUUGGUCUGAGAGUGAAGUGACGCCGCUCGGCUCCGCCUACUUCCUGAUUUCCGAAAUAGUCGUCCAUGGAGUGGUAGUACGAAAUUUGAACAACGAGGGUACAGGCGCUCUAAUUGGCCAAAUAUCGAUUGGAUCAACCAUGAAGCCAAGAUCACCGCCGUUGAUGGUGCAAUUCGAAGGGAAAAACUUCUCGAAGAAAACUGUCCCCGAUGCGGCCAUGCUCAAUUUUGAAGUGAUUCGCACCGAAGUGGAUGGCGAAAAAACGCUACUUUAUAAGAGUGAGCCACUGAAACAAAGCUCCAGGAUAGCAUGGAAAUCCUUCACGUUAGCUCCUCAGGAAACCACUGAAGAUGCAACUCGGCCACUGGAAGUCGUUUGUUACUUCAAGGAUGAGAAAUAUCGAAGCGGUGUUGCUGGGAACUUCAACACAACUCAUGCUGAACUACGAGAAGGGCAGGACUCUUUCACGUUAACAAAUCCUGUGUAUAAAAGUGGGCAGAAAGUCUGUGGACAGUUCGAUGUGAUAAAAUGUACAGAGUUAACGAUUUGCUCAUUGAUGGACUACAUGACAUUUGGAACGAUUCUGAAUUUCGCAUUCGCUGUCGACUUUUCUGACCCUGACGGCCAACAGGAUCACGAAUCCCAAUUAAAUUUCAUUGAGAACGUCGAGUUUGCUAUACGGUCGCUUGGUGAGACAUUUGCGGACUAUAACAGGACCAACACUUAUGCUGCUUACGGCUUUGGAGCACGAAUACCACCGCAGUAUCGGGAAUCUCAUGAGUUUUGCUUGAAUCUCGAAACGGACCCCACAUGUACGGGUGUUGAAGGUGUGGUUAGCGCCUUUCGGAACACUUUCAUGCAGACGCAACCAUGUCCCAGUGCUCGAUUUGCGCAUGUCAUCUAUCAUCUGGCUAAGAAUGCUCAAAUAACUUCUACUCGAUCUGACUCCAACCGACCACAAUAUAAUAUUCUUAACAUCAUCACUCGAGGGGCAGUUGAUGACAUCAAAGAGACUGUACAAGCGGCAAUUUUUGCCAGCAAAACCCCUAUAUCGAUAGUCUUCACAGGUAUCGGUGAUCGACAUCUGAGCGAAAUUGAGCGAUUAGGUGUGGGCGGGAGACGUUUGACAUAUCACGGAAGGAAAAGCGAUCGUGAUAAUUUGCAAUUUGUUAACAUGACGCAAGUACUACUAGAAGGGGACAGCUCUGUUGACGAAUUAAAACUGACGCUUUCGGAAAGAGCACUUUACCAAAUUCCACGACAAAUUACAUCCUACUUCAUGAAAAGCGGCAUUUUACCUGUUGAUAAACAGGAAGCGGCGGUUAGCGAGAACACACCUCGACCGCGAAAAGUAUAUCGAUCAGCAUCAAUCACCGAAUCGGAAGACACUGAACCACCGUACGGGCGAGGCAGUAUAGACCAAAGCUCUCCUGAUGAAGUAGAGACCACUGCUCCGUCGUAUGCUCAAGAAAACUACGAAUACUCGCGAAGAAGACAUCCCGGCGCAUUGCAUCGAAAUAUGCGAUCGAUGACAAUAAACGACGGUAGCCGGCGAUAUUGA